GUUGUACUCGGCAUAAAUGUCUCGAUUCGUAUCCAAGAGCAGAAACAUACAAACCUUACCUUUUUAGGCAAGGGAUUGUUCAGCCAGGCAGCCACACUCAAUCCCCGCUUUCUGUUCUUUCUGACAACUGACAACAUUCUCAGAUUAGCUCGCCAUCAGUUCAUGUCAGCACUGCGAUUUGGAACCACAGCAUGGGAUCAAAGAGCCCUGAAGGACACUGGCAGGCUCCUCAUACCUCCAACUCCAAUGAGCUCAAGCCAGCCAAUCCCGACCCUCAGACCUCUCGAAAUGGCUCGGGAUCGGCCGAUUUGGAUCGUGGAGUCAUUGGUGAUAAUGAUGACGACGAUGAGGAUGCCGAAGAAAAUGGGGUGAACACCGAGACUCCCAAUGUUGAAAAGAAGAAGAAACGCAAGAAGUCCAACAAGAAGAAGAAGAAGACCAAAUCGGGAACCCUUUCGGCGACUGAGCUCAAGCAGACUAGCCCACCGCGUGUGCUGGUCUCGACUUUGUUCCCUUCGGAGUAUCCAGUAGGAGAACUCGUCCCGUACGACUGUACGUCGCGCACGACCGAUGAAGAGGCGCGCUACAACUCGCGUCUCUGGGACGAGGACUUCCUCCCCGAUUACCGCCAGGCUGCCGAAAUCCAUCGCCAGGUCCGCCAAUAUGCGCAGAAAGAGCUUAUCAAGCCGGGAGCAACUCUCCUAUCGAUUGCCGAGGGUAUCGAAGAUGGUGUUCGUGCGCUCUCCGGCCACCAGGGACUUGAACCUGGAGACUUCUUCAAAGCCGGCAUGGGCUUCCCCACUGGCCUAUGCUUGAAUCACAUUGCCGCUCAUUGGACUCCAAAUCCACGUGAGAAGGACGUCAUCCUGGACAAGAGUGAUGUCCUCAAGGUAGACUUUGGUGUGCAUGUGAAUGGUCGCAUUGUUGAUUCGGCAUUUACUGUCGCUUUUGACGACAAGUACGAUAAUCUUCUUACUGCAGUGAGGGAGGCAACCAAUACCGGUAUCAAGCAUGCUGGUGUUGAUGCAAGGAUGAGUGAUAUUGGCGCCGCGAUCCAGGAGGUGAUGGAGAGCUACGAAGUCGAAAUUGACGGAAAAGUCUUCCCGGUCAAGGCUAUCCGCAACAUCACUGGCCACGAUAUUCUCCGGUACCAUAUCCAUGGCGGAAAACAGAUCCCCUUUAUCAAGAACAAUAACCAGGACAAGAUGGAAGAGGGAGAAGUAUAUGCCAUCGAGACUUUUGGAAGUACUGGCAGAGGAUUCCUCGACGAUGAUGUCGGAGUUUACGGCUACGGGAGAAACGAGAACAUGUCUGGUGCCAAUCUGCAUCUUUCCUCGGCCAAGUCACUCCUCAAAACCAUCGACGCCAAUUUUGGCAGCAUCGUCUUUUCUCGCCGGUAUCUCGAGCGUCUUGGGGUGAAGAACUAUCUUCUUGGGAUGAAGAAUCUGGUGGACAACGGCAUCGUUGAAUGCUAUUCGCCGCUUGUUGACGUGAAGGGAUCCUACACGGCCCAGUUCGAGCAUACGAUUCUCCUCCACAGCGGUGGGAAAGAAGUCAUCAGUCGUGGUGAUGACUAUUAACCUGAAUACAUGAGCACAAUUGCCCAUUCAACGAUUUGGCUACCUAGUUGCCGUCCAGUCCUUACCUCGCUAUGUCUCUAGUUUCUCACCCUUGUCACUCGCUUAUCUGCAGUGUAUUCAAACUACACAGUCUCUCGCUAUCUAGGGUAACCUUUACACUGAAAUGC